GGAAUAAAUAUAGAUAAAUCAUACAUUUAGAAUAAAGUUUUUUUUUAAAUCAUGGUUAAUUUUUAAUACUUUUAAGCUGAUCUGGGUAACAUUUUUAUGUAUCAAUAUUUAAUCUUAAUACUAUUAAUCAUUAUCUCAGUAAUAGAUUCACAUGCACGUUAUAAAUUAUUACAUUUAAUGAUGAGUACCCUGUCAUUAAUCUAGAAGUAAAAUUUAAAAUAUAUCUUUCGCGUUUAACCACGAAUAGGUAUAGUAGGUAUUAACAUUUUUUUAAAUCACGCUAAGAAAUAUUCUUUUAAAAAUAUCAUUUUUUUUCAGAUCAUGUUUACAGUGGUUAAAUGAAUAUAUUAUUUAUUAUUAAGUCAUUGGGCUAGGUAGUUAACCCUGCGUGUUUGCACUUUUGCAGUUUUUGAGUACCGCGAUCUCAGAAGAUGUCUUCUAAGAUCGAGUUGCGUACAAACUGCGUGUUAAUCUUUUAAAAUUGUUAUCACACUUAAUCGUUAUCAAUGUAUCAUAUUAAACAUUUUGAAUUAAACAUUUUUGAACAAAAUAAAAGUGUAAGCACAGAAUAAACAAAAUUUGAAUUUAUCUCAUUGAUUGGAGAUUUUUCAUUUCAACUUACAUGUACGUGCACGAGAUUUCGUCACUACCACUACCACCGCGGCCAACACACAAUAAUUAUUCGUUGUGUGAUUCGUUUUUUCUGUCUGUCCGCGGUGUGAAAUAACAAUCUCGGCGUUGCGUUAGUAUAGCGUGCGACCUCAUCCGCAGUUCGACCUCAGGAAAAAGUUUUGUCGUUCUGUCGCGCUCCUCCACCGUUUGCCAACCACAAGUCGUAGUUAUAAUUUAUAAGUACCUAUUAGACAUUUAUAACGAUAUGACGAAGACAGACGUUUCUGCCGCUGACGGUGGACGGACAUGGCCCGACCACAUGACGGCUUGGCAAAUCGACACUUAUGCAUCGUUUGAAGAAUCAGCCGUGCUCAACGAAAAGGCCGAGUUACCCGUGUCCCUCGGACCCAAAGAAGUUCUGGUGCGUGUUAGGGCGUCGUCUGUCAAUCCCAUCGACGUGCUCAUGGCCGAGGGUUAUGGCCAAGUGCUUAUGGGCAGGGUCCGGCAAGUGAAAAAGAAGUCGUUCUUCAGACCUAUCGAAUUCCCCUUGACGUUAGGACGGGAUUUCGCUGGUGAAGUAGUUGCGAAAGGAGCCGAAGUCGACUCAGAACACUUGGCCGUUGGCGAUGCCGUUCUGGGUGUCGUAGCUCCUUUCCAACUCGGCUGUCACGCCCAAUUUGUCACAGUUCCUGUAACUCAGGUAGCCAAGAAGCCCGAUUGCAUGUCCUAUGAGGAAGCUGCGUGCUUAUUGUAUACAGGCCUGACUACGUGGUGCGCCUUGACGUCGGCCGGUGGCCUAAACGCUUCAAAUGCUGCCGAUAAGAACGUACUAGUAAUUGGUGGAUCCGGUGGUGUCGGUAAUUGUGCAAUACAAAUACUCAAGUCGUGGGGUUCCAAGGUAACUACUACAUGUAGUACAAAUGCCAUAAAUUUAGUGAAAGAACUUGGACCAGAUAAUAUUAUUGACUACACUACCGUAGAUACGCAAAAACAAUUGGAGCAAUAUGGAAAAUACGACCUGAUUUUGGACGCGGCCGGGAUACCGUAUGAAGAUAUCGGUGCCGCGUACGCACCACUGUUGAAACCUUGGUCGUGGGCAACAUUCGUCACCCUCCGUAGUCCCGUUUUGCGUAAUACGGACUCGUAUGGCAUGGUAUUCGGUAUGUUGAAGAACGCGUACGACCUGGUGGCUCCUAACGUCUGUUCGGGGGCUGUGUUCAAAGGCUCCACGAUCCGAUGGGGAUUUUUUAUGCCUGUAGAGCGUGGCAUAAAGGAGCUAACCCUCCUAGCCGCGGAGAAAAAGAUUACCGUCCCAAUCGACAGCGUUUACGGGUUUGCAGACAUGAAGAAAGCGUUUGACCGGGUAAAGGCCGGACACCUCCGAGGCAAGGUGGCCGUUAAAUUCGACGAAAAGUGACGGGAACGUCGGCAAAAACUUCGAAUUUCAGAACUUCAGUUAGUUGUAACGAUUAUAGUAUUACAUUAUUAUUAUAAUCAUUAUUAUAUAUUUUUAUAUUAUUAUUAAUAAUACAUUUAGUUCGUUGGUGUAAAAUCCUUUUACAUUUUCCUAAUACAUCCCUAUACCGGCUAUAUCCUAUAAAUUUAAACGAUUAAAUUCUAAAUAAAAUGUAUUUAUUUAUUUUUAUACACUAUUAACAAUCAUAUAUUUUUUAAAGUCCAAUGCUUACGUCAUAUGUAUACAUCAUUAUGUAUUGUGAAAAACAAAAAUAUUGUGUAGAAAAUCCUUUGAUUUGAUUAUUAGCAGCAGUGGAGUUUAUAAAACCUAGAUUAAUCAUCAUCAACAUUUAUAUUAAUAAUUUAAUAAGAAAAAUAGUUGGCAUGAUUGACCCCUGACUAAUUUGUAAAAAUAAAAAUUUAUACUUAUUAUUCUAUUGUCUGAAAUUUAGUAAGUUAAAAGUCUUGUUCAUCAAUAUGUUAUUGAUUUUUUUUUCUUUUUGUAAAAUUAUUGUAAUUUUCAUGUAUUAAAAUGUGUACUUAUGUUGUUGUUUAUAAAUAUA